AUGGACCAAAAUGCUGAUUGUGAAAAACAAAAUCGAGCCGCCAACGCUUUGACAAUUUCCUGCAGUCAUCGAGAUCUUAAAAAAUGGGGAUAUUCUGCCGUGGGAUCGCCAAUCAGCCCUCUCUCCCAGACACUGAUUGAUAGUGGAUAUGAUUAUUUGAGAAGAGGUAGAGAUUUGGUUCGUGGAGGCAGAGGGAGAUUUUUGGGUUCGGGAACGAGAAAAGAAAGGGUUAAUCGUAUUCCCUUGCCUGUAGGGGGUGAAUUGACUCAAAGCACUCGGACUUGGGCUUCCGUGUCGGGAAGACCAGGUUCCUAA